UGAAAGAUCAACCUGAAAUAUUUUACUGUAUAAAAUUGCUUGGUCUGUCAGCUUGUUGAUAUUUUUGCACAAAAUUUAUCAUUUUCAACAAUCAUGGAAGUAUUUACAGAUGCUGAACUUGCAGCUUUGGAACAAUUCCGACCUCGUGUCGUUGACGUACUUCCGGACGAGUAUGCUAGAAAAGAUGAAAACUUAAUCCGAUGGUUGAGAGCAAGAGAUCUGGACUUGGACAAAGCGGAAGACCUCGUCAAAAAGUCAAUGCAAUGGAGACAGGACAACAAGAUCGAUACCAUAAUUGAGUCCGGGAUUGAUUCUGAAAUGCAAAAAUUGUUCCCGUUUUACAUCGACGCGAUUGACAGGGAAGGCCGAGUUGCCCUCACAUGUCCAAUUGGAGAAUGGGAUGUUCGAGAAUCUGUCGAAAAAGAUGGCCCCGAGAAAUUUAUCCGGUAUUCGCGACAACUUCUCGAAACUGUGAGUCGCAGGGUGCGUGCCGUGCAUGAGGAAUCUGGAAGCAAUCUGCCCAAAGGAAUUCGUUACACCAUGAUUUGUGACUACGAGGGAUUCGGGCUUCGCCAGCUUGCAAAUAUGAAAAGUGUAAAUACCAUCUUGCAGAUUGUUGGAUCAUACGAGGCACAUUAUCCCGAGACGCUGAAUACCGCAUUAAUCAUAAAUGCUCCAGCAGUGUUUUCGGUCCUAUUCAAUUUAAUGAAACCCUUAAUGACAGCUCGAACAAUUAAUAAGAUUCAAAUCUACUCAUCCGACCGAGCAAAAUGGGAACCCGAAGUUUUAAAAUUAGUCGACGCGUCGCAAAUUCGACCCAGAUUUGGAGGUUGUAAACCAUAAACAACAUAACAUUUUUGUAAUAGUAAUGUAAUAUUAAUACGCCAUUAGCACAUUUGAGGCAAAUAAAUGAUACGCAAAAUAAUACAGGUCUUCUUAAUGUCGCAUUAUGAAGUUAUGAAAUUAUGAAGUUAUUAUGUUUAUAAAUUUUCGAAUUUUCAAAUGUUUUUGGGCACGAGUGUUUGUCAAGAUAAUACGACCGAGUUUUCCUUAUCGGAUUUUAUUAUUUCUCGGAAAGUGCAUGGAAUCAUUCUGCCCUGUUGUAUUUAUGUACCGUGAGAUUGAAAUAUGAGGAGGCAAAAUGCUUGUUGUCACUGUCACUUCGUAUUUUAUAAACAACCGACCGACACGACACACUCCAUAAUUUGCUAUUUUAAUAUUUUUUAACAAAUUUUCUACGUAAUUUCCGAAAUGAAUUCUUCGUCAAAGAGUAAUAAUAAUAGGACCUUGAACAGUUUAACUGCCAAACGUCGCUCUCAACUUCAACAGAGCUCAUUGAACGAUUUGACAUCAAGUUCUAUGUUCUCUGUGCCGACUUCUGUUAGUGCUCAGAACACCAACACGGAUAACAAGAACGCUGAUUUAAAUGAUCCAGAUUUGCUGAACAAUUUAGAAAAAUUGAUGCGCAUACAAUUUGACGACGAACCACUUCUUCAAGUCGCAAAUUCGCCAAAUUUCAUGGAUAGGAUGCAUUAUCAAACUGAAAUGUUUUUACAAGAUCAUAGUCUCAAGGAAAUUGCAAAAGAAUAUCAAAAAAGAAAAUUUAAAUCAAAAGACGAUCAACUUCUUAUCACCAGGAUGGAUGACGUUCUUUCAAAAAUAGAACAGUCACAGGAAGAAGCCCUCGCUAUUUAUUGUGAAGCCAAGAAUCAGCCAUUUUGGAUUCCCGCAGAGAUAGAUCAGCUUGACCUUGUUUACAGAUCUAAGCUUCAAGAAUGGGCGAAUGUAAUGCAUAAAUUUUCAACUACUUAUCAAGAUUCUAUCCAGCUUCGAUUUAAACGACACAGCCUGGCACCCAAGAGUUCUCCGCAAAAGGGCAACGUGGGAGGAGAACAAUUUGUACAACAAGUGUCUUUUAUUAAUGAAGAGUUAGGCAAGGUUUCGAAAAUUUUAGAUAACCUUGUAACUUUAUAAUCCAUGUAACUUCUUAAUUAUUCAGCUAUUUUAGUUCGGUCACUUAUUUUCAAAUGAUACGCUGUCAUAUGUAAAGUACAUUUCAUCCCUAAUCUAAUAUAAGCCUAAGAAGCAUGCUAUCUUUUAUCUGCAAUGUGAUAUAAAGUAAUAAAUAGUUCGAUAUGUGUGUAGGUUAGAGAAACUUAGUUUAAAAUAAAAAGUAAGCAGUCUAAAAUAAAUUCCGUUAAAUUAA